AUGGUGGAAGCAGUAAGGCAAGAGAUGGCUAAACUGUUGUUAGCGGGUUUUAUCAGGGAGGUAAAGUAUCCAGAUUGGGUAUCAAAUGUGGUUAUGGUAAAGAAAGUAAAUGGCAGAUGGAGAAUAUCACAGAUUCAUGAGCUUAUGGAUGCUUUCUUGGGCUAUAACCAGAUUCUGUUGGAUCAGGAUGACCAAGAAAAGACAACUUUCAUCACUGAAGAAAGGCUUUUUUGCUAUCGGGUUAUGCCUUUUGGCCUUAAGAACAUAGGAGCUACCUACCUGAGGGGACCACGUGCAAAGCUUAUCCGAGACAUUUGCAAUCCUAAGGGCCCACAACAUGAAGUUGAACCCUGA